AUUUCUUUUCCGGCAGUAUCUUGCUAACUGACUGAUACAGCCCAGUAAUUCCAGCAGAAAAGGGACUUAAGCAAGAACAAUGAAACACAAUUCCAUCCACUGGUUCAGGAAGGGACUUCGUCUCCAUGAUAACCCUGCCCUGCUUGCUGCAAUGAAGGACUGUGCAGAACUUUAUCCGAUCUUUAUCUUGGAUCCAUGGUUCCCCAGGAACAUGAAAGUUAGCGUGAACCGAUGGAGAUUCCUCAUUGAGGCUUUAAAAGAUCUAGAUGAGAACCUUAAAAAAAUAAAUUCAAGGCUAUUUGUGGUACGGGGAAAACCUACAGAAGUGUUUCCAUUGCUUUUCAAGAAGUGGAAAGUGACUCGACUGACCUUUGAGGUGGAUACUGAACCCUACUCAAGGCAAAGGGAUGCUGAUGUGGAAAAGUUGGCUGCUGAGCACAAUGUGCAGGUCAUACAGAAGGUGUCCAACACUCUGUAUGCUAUUGACAGGAUAAUAGCUGAAAACAAUGGAAAACCCCCUUUGACCUAUGUCCGUUUCCAGACUGUAUUAGCCUUGUUGGGUCCCCCAAAGCGCCCUGUACAGGUGCCAACUCAGGAGAACAUGAAAGAUUGCUGUACUUUAUGGAAAUCCUCAUACAAUGAAAAAUAUGGUGUGCCCACAUUAGAGGAGCUGGGCCAGGAUUCUUUGAAACUUGGACCUCGCUUGUAUCCAGGAGGAGAGAGUGAGGCUUUGAGCAGACUGGAACUCCACAUGAAGAGAACGACCUGGGUGUGCAACUUCAAGAAGCCAGAGACGGAGCCAAACUCUCUGACCCCCAGCACUACUGUUUUGAGCCCAUAUGUGAAAUUUGGCUGCCUCUCUGCUCGGACCUUUUGGUGGAGAAUAGCAGAAAUUUACCAGGGGAAGAAACAUUCUGACCCUCCAGUGUCUCUUCAUGGGCAGCUGCUGUGGCGUGAGUUUUUUUACACGGCAGGUGUAGGAAUUCCUAACUUUAAUAAGAUGGAAGGAAACACCGUUUGUGUUCAGGUUGACUGGGGCAACAACAAAGAGCACCUUCAGGCCUGGAGUGAGGGUAGAACGGGUUACCCAUUCAUAGAUGCAAUUAUGACACAGCUAAGAACUGAAGGAUGGAUCCACCACUUAGCUCGACAUGCUGUUGCUUGUUUCCUGACACGGGGGGACCUCUGGAUAUCAUGGGAAGAAGGACAAAAGGUCUUUGAGGAGUUGCUCCUGGAUGCAGACUGGUCACUCAAUGCAGGAAACUGGCAAUGGCUGUCUGCCAGCACCUUCUUCCACCAGUUUUUUCGUGUAUACUCUCCAGUAGCUUUUGGAAAGAAGACAGACAAAAAUGGUGAUUAUAUCAAGAAAUAUUUACCAAUUCUGAAGAAGUUUCCAGCUGAGUAUAUCUAUGAACCAUGGAAAGCUCCUCGCAGCCUACAAGAGAGGGCAGGCUGCAUCAUUGGUAAAGACUACCCAAAACCUAUUGUAGAACAUGAUGUAGCAAGCAAACAAAAUAUUCAGCGUAUGAAGGCUGCUUAUGCCAGGAGAUCAGGAUCUACUGCGGAAGUGGACAAAGAUUCAGGACAGAGUAGCAAAAAUGGGGCUAAGAGGAAAGUGGCUGGAGGACCAUCUGUGGCCGAGCUAUUUAAGAAGAACAAAUCCAAAAAGGACUGAUUUACAGAGGAAAAGGGCUUCUAUGAUUUAAAGACUUUCUGGUGAAUGUUACAAAUAAUUUAGGAUUAUUAACAGAGCACUUGGUCACCAAGCAAUUAAAAACAAAGAGAAUAUGGCUUAAUCAGUUUUGUUAUGCUAACAAAAAAAAUCAUAAAAUUCAAAUUUUUUCAACACAACUGCACUUUCUGCAUUAGAAUAGACAAAAUUCCAGGGGUGGCUUCUUGCUGCUGUUUGAGGCAAUAAUCUUAAUUUGCCUCAUGGCAGCAGUUGCCCGUUAGUUAAUGCAGCAACACUCACUUUUGUUUAGAAGACUUUCCUUUGUUACAUUCCUGGCAUUGCACUGUCUGUUUGUCAUAACUUAUGGGAAUAUAUAUUUCAAAUAAAAAUAUCAUGAUGCA